AUGGAUAAUAAUAAUAUCAUCGCCGAUGAUGGUGAAAGAAAACCGACGAUAAAGUUCAAUCCGUUGCCGAAACACGCACAAAAUAACAAGAAACACAAGCGAGUGAAACCCCCGAAAAUGGACGACGAACAGAAAAAGCUCGCGCAGGCGAGGAUAGACAAGCAAAUGAACGAAGGGUUCGAGAAGAUUUUUUUCCAAAAGAUGUUGGAAAUUUGCAAAGAAGGAGGACCGAAGCGAGUCGUGCCGACGGGUGAAGAAGGGAAGACGAAAGCGCGAGCGAGUUUGGAGGAGGUGAAGGAGUUCGCGGUGAAUUACGUGAAACACGCGCCGCCGUUACCGCCGAAAGCGGAGUUACCGGCUGGGAAAGCCAUGCGACACGCGUUGAUGUAUUAUUACGGAUUUGACUUUGUGGAAGGGACGAUGGUUCCGCCGAUUAAAUACGGAGAGUGUAACUGGGACGAAGGUAUUCCGCACGAAAGCGCGCACAGAGUGUUCAUCGACGCCUUUCGCAUGCGCGUGGAAGACGAGUUGGUGUUUGCAAACAACGUGCACGGGAACGCGAAAGAUGUCAAGUUAGGGACCAUUAAGUUUGGGCCGCAAGCCAGAAACGAUUUCGCUACGUUUUUGAGGAAAGCUCGAAAAGGCGUAAACGGGCAACCGACCAUGUUGCCGUCGUGGUGGAAGAAAGAGGACGAUAAGAUUUGUGAAGAGGCGGAAAUUUUGCACGAACGAUUUCAAAAAGCAGACGCGAAAGCGUUGUACGGUGAAGAGUUCCAAAAUCUUCGAGUGCUCGGAGAGUUGGUGUUGGGGACGCCGAUCGGCGCCGGCAUUCCGUACGAAGCCGAUUUCGAUAUUUUCAAAGACAAACAAGGGGUGUACUGGCACGAUGUGGACCCUUCGGUGGACACGGUUCCGAAACCUCCCUCGAAAGGAAAACAAGUGGACAAGAAGGAGUUAUCCAAGGAGAGGAUUAAGGAGGAGUUAGACUACGUCGUCAAAGGACGCAAAUAA